AUGACUGUGAUGCUGGCAAAGAAAGUGAAGACUAGUAACAAUAGCAAGCAAAGAGCAAAUACUGUGGGACCAUCAUCCUCAGCAGAGCCUAGAAUUCCCAGUCAAGUCUCAUCAAGUGGAACCAGUGGCACCAGGCACAUACAUUACAUCAACCUAGUCUUGCCUGCUGCACUGCAAGCAGAUAGAAAAUGGACCAAGCAGAUACUUCCUGUUCUUGUGAUGUGGGCUGGAAGCCCAGUGGAUCCAUGGCUAAUCCCUGACCAAGACUUGAUGCAACUCAUCAGCUUAUGUCCUAGUAAUGAUGCAGAUGCUGAGUCUAUGGACUUGCCUGUGAUUCAGGAGAUGUACAAUGACCUCCUGGAGAGGUUUUCAUUCUUAUAUCAAGACCUCAAUCAUCAGAAGCCAGCAAAUGCUUUCUGCUCACAAUGCCCUGAUAUCCCUGCACUUGGAAUGGAUACCUUGAAAGUGUUUGGUAUCCAAGGGGCCCUUUCCCUUUCUUGUGCUGCACUCAAGCAUGCCAUUCAACUAUUGCAAAGGGGUGAUGUGGACAUCAACAACCAGAUCAGUAGCCAGGGAAAGGCCACUAUGAAGACUCCCCCAAAACUCAACAGGACAUCUGGGAAGGAAUCAUCAGCUGCUCUAGCAAUCUUGGAGAAAAACUGGGGAAUUAAUUUCAAGUUCCCAUGCCUUCUUGUGAUUCAAUUCCAACACUACCCAAAAAUCUGGCAAUUGACUUGGAAUGGGCCAGAAGACAGUCAAAAUUUGCCUCAAUUCAGUCUCAAGGGUACUAGGCACCCACCCUAUAGGGGUAUCAAUUAUGUAGAUGAACUUGGAAUCUGUGGUUAA